UAGUGGGCGGUUGGUGUUUUAUUUCAAAACCUAAACCUUGCCUUGGAGUAAUUAUUCAUAACGAAUUCCUUAUUGCAGUUUCUCCUCAGCAGUGCACCAGCAAGCACAGGCUCGGGUAAUCAUUAAUUUUGGUUGUUUAAAAUAUGGCCGCCGUCGGUGAAACUAUCGGAGAUGAAGAGAAGCACCAUACGGCCGCUCCAGAAACGACAUCAUCGUUCGAUAUCAAUGAUUAUACGAUUGUUAAGGAAGGAGAGGCUGAGAUUCUAAUGAACGUUAAAAAUCAAGUCUUUUAUAACAAAGCCCAGGUUAAUAACAGAGACAUGUCUAUUGCCGUUUUGAGGACGUUUAUAUCGAAACGCCAGCAAGAGCAUGAAGCUAGGUUGCUUUCCAAGAAAAUGAAAAUUGAAGCCAAGAAGGUUGUUGAACCUAUUUCUGAACCAGAAGCUAUGGAGCACGAUGAAAAAUCUAAUGGGGGAUGUGACAUCUCUCAAGACAUAUCUCAAGAUGAACCUUGUAGCAUCUCGGAGAACCCAGCAGCCAACCAUGGGAGGAGGGUCCAGGAAGAUUUAAAGCCGCCACGAGUUUUAGAGGCAUUGUCGGCCUCUGGUCUUAGAGCUUUAAGAUAUGCUCGUGAAGUUGAGGGGAUUGAGAAAGUUGUGGCUCUCGAUAAUGAUAAAGCUUCUGUUGAAUCUUGCAGGAGAAAUAUUAGAUUGAAUGGUUCAGUUGCAUCUUCAAAGGUGGAGUCACAUCUUGUUGAUGCUAGAGUCUACAUGCUUACACACCCUAAAGAAUUUGAUGUGGUUGAUCUUGACCCUUAUGGUUCGCCAUCUAUUUUCCUUGACUCUGCUGUUCAAUCAGUUGCUGAUGGAGGAAUAUUAAUGUGCACAGCAACAGAUAUGGCAGUGCUUUGUGGGGGCAAUGGCGAGGUUUGCUAUUCAAAAUAUGGAGCUUAUCCAUUGAAAGGAAAAUAUCACCAUGAAAUGGCAUUGCGCAUCCUUCUUGCGUGUAUUGAGAGUCACGCAAACCGCUACAAGCGUUACAUCGUCCCCGUGCUCUCUGUUAAAAUGGAUUUCUAUAUACGAGUCUUCGUCCGUAUAUUCACCUCUGCAAGUGCAAUGAAGAAUACUCCUUUGAAGUUGUCUUAUGUUUAUCAAUGUGUUGGCUGUGAUUCCUUUCAUCUUCAAUCAAUUGGAAGGACUGUCUCUAAGAAUACCAGUGUUAGACAUCUUCCUGGAUUUGGUCCUGUUGUUUCCCAAGAAUGCAGUGAUUGUGGCAAGAAAUACAAUGUGGGUGGGCCCAUAUGGUCGGCUCCAAUCCAUGAUAUGGGCUGGGUUAAUUCAAUUCUAGCAGAUGUGAAGUCUAUAAAGGAGCGGUACCCUGCUUUUGAUCGGAUUUCUGCUGUUUUGACUACAAUUUCUGAGGAGUUACCAGAUGUUCCACUGUUCCUGUGUCUGCACAACCUCUGCGCUACAUUGAAAUGCACAUCUCCCUCUGCAGUUAUGUUCCGUUCUGCUGUGAUUAAUGCAGGAUAUCGCAUAUCAGGAAGUCACGUAAGUUCGCUAGCUAUGAAAACAGAUGCUCCUAUGGAUGUCAUAUGGGAUAUCAUGCGCUGCUGGGUGAAAAAUCAUCCUGUGAAAGGUCAGUCACCAGAUUUGGCGGGAAGUGUAAUCCUCACUAAGGAACCUGUUCUGCAGGCUAAUUUUGCACGAGCUGUUGCUUCCCUUAGCAAAGCACAGGUGAAGAAGGUUGCAAGAUUUCUCCCCAACCCCGAGAGGCAUUGGGGGCCCAAGGUCAGGGCAGGUCGUCGGAUUACGAGCAAGCACGCCUCACUUGUUGGUGCAGAGGUAGUGAAAGGGCUACAGAAGCUCGAGGAAGGUGAGGACGAGCCAGCAAGCAAACGUGAGAAGACUGAAGAAUCCACUCCUAAUUUAUGAUAAUAGGACAUUGCCUUGGCCGUAGCUCCUGAGAGUCAAUCACUUGACCACCGAUUAAUUCUCGUCUGCUGCAUUUCCUUUGCAGAGAGAUUUAUGCACAAGAUUCUCAGCCCAUGAAAUUCAGCAUUUCCGCCACACAACAUCAGUUUUGUUCUCUUUUUAUCCUUCUCUAUUACUCCAUUUCACUCUCCAACUGCACGUAUGUUUUAUAUUUUCUUGGUUUCGUCUUUGUUAUUGACGAGUUGAAACGAUAAAGAAGUUUUGUUUGUAUUA